AUGCACGCAUUUCCACCCUUAUUGACAUGCCCAAACCAUUCACCUCACACCCAGACCCCUAUUGUAAGCAUCCAUCUUGUCAUGUCCCAGACUCCGUGGAACGAACAGCCCGCGCCGAGUGCGAACGCAGCUUUAAACUCGGGUCAAAGCGGGCCAACAUCUCUACCAUCUCCCAGGAGUACUGGACAGCCAACAGCAUCGCGAGAGACCUCUGUAACCAGUGCUGUGGCCUCCGCGCCAGACGCACACCCUCAACCCGCCACGGCGCCAACACCGCAAACGGAGGUGCCUACGCCCCAGCCUUUGCCACAACAGACGAAUCUUGCUGCUGAGCGGCCCAGUCCUUCUGUGCUGCCUGCGUCUAUUGCGCAGCCCUCAAAUCCGAGCCCGCAACCUCAACCCACCCACCCUGCGGCUUCAGAACCUGUAUCAGCGAUCGCGCAGCCGGCCGCACCUAGCGUAGAUUCCGUGGCUUCACCAGUGCCUGUACCACAGCAGACGGUUCCCCAACCUCCUGUUGGAACCUCAGAAGUCAAAACCGAAGAGCCUCAAGCUGUGUUUUCGGCACCCAUAUCGGCGCCGGCGUCGACUCCAGCUCAGCCAAUCACCCAUCAGGAAGCACCAGCAGUGUCUGUUCCUUCUCCAAAUAAUGCAUCGAGUGCGGUUACACCAGCUGCGUCCGUCGUUCCGCUCGCCAAUCCUACCGGCUCUGUUCCUUCUCCAAUUUCUGCCCAACCUCAGGCCGCACCCCAGCCCCAACCCGUACCCUCUGCGGGUAGUGCACCUGUCACUGUGGGUAACACGACCGGUCCGGCAGAGCCCGCUAAGACUGAUUCUUCAGGCACUCCUAUUAUAGAGCCAGCUCAGCCUGUCACUCAACCUGCUCAACCUGCUCCUGUUGACCAGCCCCAGCCUGCUGGGUACCCCAAAGAGGAGUCUGCAAGCACGCCCAAACAGGGGGUUACGCCUUUGCCCCAACCUGUUCACGUUCCUUCCAUGGAACCACAGCAACAGCAACAACAGCCUCCCGUUUUACCUUCUUUGGCUCAACCACCGCAGCUUGCCCAGCCGCAGCACUUGCAACACCUCCAACCCCAAGGUAUGCCUGGGCAGCAACCAAUGAUGGGUCAGUAUCUGCAAAUGUACCCGUACGGCCAGAUUCAACCGCACCUUGGAUAUUUGCAUCAGCAGCCCGGUCAGCCUCAACAGCAGCAGUAUCAGCAGAUGAUGCAAGGUCAGCCUCAGCAGCUACCUCAACAGCAGGGACAGCCGGCGCAGCCGCCACAACCCCAGGCUCAGCCCCAGGCUCAGCAGCAGACUCAACAACCACCACAGCCUCCACAGCCUCCACAGGUACCGUUACCACAAGGCCAGCAGCCCCAAGGAGAUGAUAGAUACCGCCAGGAUGCAAACAUGAACAACCAGCUCAAUGACGCUUUAACUUAUCUCGACCAAGUCAAGGUGCGUUAUCGCAACCGUCCUGGUGUGUAUAAUCAUUUCCUGGACAUUAUGAAGGACUUUAAGAGUCAGAAUAUUGAUACACCUGGCGUCAUCGACCGGGUCUCGUCAUUAUUCAGAGGCCAUAACGACUUGAUUCAAGGAUUCAACACGUUUUUGCCCAACGGUUAUCGCAUUGAUUGCGUGAGUGACGGUGUUGAUACUAAUCAUAUUCAAGUGACCACGCCAAUGGGUGUUCAAAUUAGGCCCGACAGUGUUGAUUAUGAGCGCUGGUCUGAGGGACAGCAGCAGCAACAACAGCAACAGCAGCAGCAGCUUCAACAGCAGCAACUUCAACAGCCCGGCCAGCAGGCCCGUCACGAAUACGAGGUGGCUCAGUCGGUGGCUGGUGGACCCCAGCAAUUGGUGCCUGCUAUGGGAAUGGUCGGUGGCCAACCCCAAGUUGGCUUGCCUAUGAUGGGUCAAGGCCAAAUGGACAUGGUUCAUGGUAGUGCACAAGGUGCUCAUGUUGGCAAUGGUGGACCCGUAGAAUUUGACUACACGAUUGCCUAUGUCAACCGUAUUCGCAAUCGGUUUGCUAACCAGCCAGAUGUGUACAAAUCGUUCUUGGAGAUCCUACAAACUUAUCAGCGCAUGCAGCUAGAUAUGGGUGAAGUUUAUGCUCAGGUUUCGCAACUGUUCCGCGAUGCGCCAGAUCUGUUGGAGGACUUCAAACGCUUCUUGCCAGGAGGACGAGCAGAUAACAAAAUGCGGUUGCCGCCGGUCGGCAGCUUUGGUCCUCCUGCCCAACAGCCUAAGAAACAGCGUGAACCUCAGCAGAGCAGUGUUCGCGAUACUCCUUUACCAGGUAUGCUUGCUCAGCAACCCCCUGGGGCGAACGUUCCUAGUGUUACCGAACAGAAUCUUGUGCCAGCUGCGCAGGUCCUGGUCCCGCCUUCUCGCAAAUCUUCCAUGGCCGACGAGAUCGCCUUCUUUGACAAAGUCAAGCGCGCCCUUCCUAAGCAGAGCUACCACGAGCUGUUGAAAGUCAUCAACCUGUUCACCCAACGAAUCAUUGACGUUAAUACCUUGGUGAGCCGCGUUGAUGGUUUUAUUGGUCAAUUCCCAGAGCUUAUGGAGUGGUUUAAGAGAUUCGUUGGCUACGAAGGGAAACCUUUGUCCAUUGAAAAUAUUGCUGCCAAGAAACAUCAGGUGGACCUUGCUCAGUGUCGUGCGUGUGGACCUUCUUAUCGUCUUUUGCCCAAGACAGAGAAAUACAUGCCUUGCUCUGGCCGUGAUGAAAUGUGCUGGGAAGUGCUCAACGACGAGUGGGUUGGACACCCGACUUGGGCCUCGGAAGAUAGUGGCUUUGUUGCUCACCGUAAAAACCAGUACGAGGAAAUUUUGUACCGUAUUGAAGAAGAACGUCACGAGUAUGAUCACUUUAUUGGUGCCAAUCAGCGCACUAUCCAAGUUUUGUCUACCAUUGCCAACCGAAUCGCUAAUAUGACUCCUCAGGAGCAAGCUGAAUUUAAGCUUCCCGAGGGUUUGGGCCACACGACCAAGAUCUAUCAGAAGGUCAUCAACAAGAUCUACGAUAAGAAGAAUGGUGCCGAGGUCAUUAAUGCACUGCAUGAGAACCCUGGCGUGGCUGUUCCUAUCGUAUUGCAUCGUCUCAAACAAAAAGAUGAGGAGUGGAAGCGUGCGCAUCGGGAGUGGAAUAAGGUUUGGCGUGAGACUGAACAAAAGGUAUUCUACAAGAGUCUGGACCAUAUCGGGCUAACUUUCAAACAAGCCGAUCGCAAGCAAUUGACCUCUCGUGCUUUGCUAUCUCAGAUUAUGGCUAUUAAAGCUGAGCAGGGUGCCAAGAGAAAGAGCACGGUUAUGCCUACCCCCAAAUCACAAAUUGUUGUUAAGAUUGAUGACAAUCAAGUUUUGACUGAUUUGUGGAAGCUACUUUUGCGCUUUUUGGAGCACAGUGGCUCGUACUCUGCUCAUGAUCGGGAGCUUAUGGUUCAGUUCCUUCGCUCGUUCUUACCUAUCUUUUUCGGUUUGGACAAUGAGACUGUUGCUCGAGUUUAUCCCAGUGAUAAGCGGCCCCGUGAAGAAGAAUCUUCGACGGCUGCAGGCGAUCUCGCUCUCGGUGAUAUUUUGAAGCGCAGCAAGGGUAGUGACGAUGAAGAGAAUGUCAAAAUGGAGGACGCUGCGGGCACUCCAGCGGGUGAGGCGCAAUCAGUUGACACCGAAGGUGCCCGGGAAGGUACUGCGGCGGCGCCGGCUGCCAAUGAACCACAGCCCUCUGCGAAUGAGGAUGAAGCGGCUUGGCUUCGCUUUGAGCGGCUCACACCACCUCUCGAAGAGCCCUCUGCCGUUCGCACCUCGUUCAACUUGUUUGCAAACACACCUAUUUAUCUCUUUUUGCGUCUGUUUGAAAUUAUUUAUGCCCGCUUGGCCGAGGUUAAGAGUUACGAGCCAAUCGUUAGCAAGGAGCUUGAGGUGCAAACGAGCACGACCUUUGCCAAGGACCUAUGUUUGUUUGAUACUAAGAUGGACGAUCUCGGACUACGGUUCUCUCCUGAGCAUUGUUAUGAGCAGGCUCUUGCUUUGUGUGAGAAGCUGUUGGAUGGCGACGUUGAGCCCCAGUGGUUCGAGGAGUCGCUGCGCCGAGCUUAUCGCAAUCGUGCCUACAAGCUAUACACAAUUGACAAGACCUUGCACCUUCUUGUCAAGCAGCUGCAUACCCUUGUUAACGACCAGGCUACCGCUGAUGUCUUGCUUUUGUUCGAUGCUGAUCGACGCGCUACCGAGUCCGAUGUCAAGAAGCAGAUUGUUUACCGUAUGAAAGUCAAGCAAUUGAUCGGUGCGGAGGAGCCCAUUUUCCGGAUCGACUGGGCACCGGGCACCGCUGAACUGGGAUUCCAGUACCUUGGUACUUAUGACUUGACCCUCAAGGGAGUAGCUCAGGCCCAAAGCAAGUGGGAGUACUAUGUUACGUCGUACAUGAUGAACGUGCCUACAGAGGGGGUGCCGUUUGACAAGAUCAAGGCACCGUUCCUGUACCGGUCGCUGCGGGAGUCAUUGGGUGAUGACUUCAAGUGCGAGGUACUGUCUCAGGGCUUGCAAGCCAGGGUGUGCAUCAACACCUACCGACUGUUCUUUGAGCAGGGCACUGCUGACUAUAUAAUGCGCAAGGCAGAUUCGUGGGACGAGCAUCGUGCCGAAGCCAAGACCCGCCGAGAAAAGCGUUUCCAGGCGUUCUUGGACGGUGUCGAAGCCGCCGUUGCCGAGCCCGCGCCUAUUGCCGAGCCCGAAGCUGCUGACCCGACGACGACGACGGCUGCUGACUCUGCGCCUCCCGCUCCCACCAGCCCUGACGCGGCCGCGGUGGAGCCUCCGGCCCAGCAGCCAGAGACGACUGGCGAACAGCCUGAAGCGGUUGCUACUGCUGCUGUUGCGGCUGAGGACUCAAAUAAAAUGGAAAUCGAUUAG